AUGGGUGCGACACUUGCCCGACGAGAAGAAGUGAGGCUGCUGGCAGAGGGCAGCUUUCCUCUCCAAGAUCGAGCGGAAAGGCCGGAGCCAAGCGAAGAGCUUUGCGCAGUAUGCUUGAGCGAGCUAAGCCGAGCCAGAUGCUUUCAGCUAGACUGCGGCCACAAGUACCAUUCGCUUUGCUUGGCAUCUUCAUUUCAGAUCCAGCAGCUUUGCCCUUUGUGUCGUGCGGGGGUCAGUGAUGCCACCUGUACGGAGGUGGCCCGCAGUCUUUUUGUGGGGGCUGGGCCACAUGGGGCUCGAUUUGCUGCAGAGCUCUUGACAGAGCUGGGAGCGCGGCAGCGGACUGUGGAUGCAGAGUUGAGCUCCGAGGAGACGAUCAGCGCAAUCCAAAGAGCAGCCAAGACAGGUGAUGAUUCCAAGAUUCCCAUGAUUGCUGCUUUGCUGCAGCCAGAAGAGAGUGGAUUCUCAGGAGACACGCAGGUGGAGCUCCGCUUGGUUGCAGUGCAAGCUUUACGAAACUUGGUGCCAGCUUUCCCUGGAGGGUGGCCAGGUUGGCAGGCAGUUCGGGGCCUUUUGCAGAAGGUAGCGCUGGAAGAUGUUGCAGUUGAGGAAUUGCGAUUGUGCUCCAUUCAGGCUCUGAAGGAGGUCAGUCGUCGAGACGCUCAUGAUGAAGCCCUGUCCGUUGCCUUCAACAUCCUGCAGGACACUACGGCCGGACGGGAACUGCGUCUCGCUGCUGGCAGCAUCCUACAGGCAAUCGCUGUGCCGAACGAUGUUGAAGUGGCUCGAGCUGCCCUGCUCGCUUUGGAUGAACGCUACAGUUGUUCCUUGCGGACACAUGCGGUUCAGGCCAUCCGCACCUGCGCAGGGCCACGGGGCACAUCGCCAUGGCUCAUUGCGGAGCUGGCUCGGCUGGCAGCUAGAAGCGAGUGGCCAGAGGCACGCCUUGAAGCCAUGAAUUUGCUUGGCCAGCUGGAACGCUUUGGUGGUGAAGGUAUGCAAGCUGCAGCUGCGGCCUUGGAUGACAAGGACGAGCAGGUGGCAUGUGCUGCUGUGCGCGCCAUUGGUGGCCUUUGGCCGCCAGAACCAGGUCAGAGCUGCGACCAGGCGCUCUACGCUUUGAUUUCGCUUCUACAGCAGGCCAAAAGCUCCGAGCUGCGUUGUGAGGUACUGCUGGUGCUGCCGCGCUUGGUAGGGCGUGGGAUCUCGAAGGCUGCCAGGGCUGCUGGCGCACGACUGGCUGAUGAAGACAUCUCCGUGUCCAAUGCAGCAGCGCAGGCGCUUCGCAAGAUGUCUCUUCGCGGGGAUCGAGAGCUGCAAGAGAUGUUGCUCGAGUAUCUUGCGCACAGUGACCUAGAGGUUUGCAAAGUGGCCGUGGAGCUUUUGGGUUUUGUUUCUGAACGAGGUGAUGAGGGAGAACGUGCCCUGAUUGCCUUGCGAGAGGGUCCAGACGAGGAGCUGGCGAAACUGGCCAAUGCUUCACUCAGACGCCUGUGA